AUGGAUCAAUUUGCCGAGUCAAACGAUCUUAUGCGGGAAUGGCGUCAAAUGUUCCAUAGAGACUCCGGAAAACAGCCUCGACAGCUAGCGAGACAGUCCGACAUCUGGAGCAUCGAGCAGUCGCCCCCCCCUUCCCCGAAAGCCGAUGCAGAUAAUGAUCCAGACUGCCCUUUCGAAUACACCGACGAUCGGCCAUAUGCGCAAAAGAACUGGACCACAUCCCUCGAUGACCCCUCACAACAGUCGGGAGAGGAAGACUGGGCCAUGGAAAGAGAAGGUGACUUGGUUCAUGAGAUGGCCGAGGCCGAGACUUCCGACAUUCCCGACGAUGUUAGUCGAGCCUUGACAUGCUUAGACGACCGAGUUGAGGCAAUAGUUAGCCAGCUUCAGAAGCAGUACACGUGGAACAAAAUGAUACAGGGGCACAUUGAGACCGUCGCGCAGGGAUAUGAUGACAUCCCAACUCUGCGGAGCAUAGUGGAGAAGUUGCAAGAGCGAAUCGACAUCCUCUGCGUGGAUAGAGGGGAUGAAGAGGGCAUGUCGGAGCGGAAAGCAGGCCGGCCCAAGCGAUCCAUGAAGUGA